CCGCACAGCCGGCGCGGCUCCCCGCGCCCAUCAUGGCUGCGUGCGCCCCUCGUCCCCCCCCUUCUCCUCCUCCUCGUGCUGCUGGGCGGCUGCGGGGCCAGCCUGCCCCCGGAGCCGCCACCGCCGCCGACCCCCGAGCCCGAGCCCCAGCCGCUGCCCGAGUCGGCUCUGCAGAAGCCCACUGUGCUUCUGGCCAUUAUCGCCCGCAACGCAGCGCACACGCUGCCCCACUUCCUCGGCUGCGUCGAGAGGCUGCACUACCCCAAGAGCAGGAUCGCCCUCUGGGCAGCCACUGACCACAAUGUUGAUAACACCACAGCAAUCCUUAGGGAGUGGCUGAAGAAUGUGCAGAACCUCUACCACGAUGUGGAGUGGAGGCCGAUGGAAGACCCCCAGUCUUACCCAGAAGAAAUUGGGCCAAAACAUUGGCCAAGCUCCCGAUUCACUCACGUGAUGAAACUCCGUCAGGCUGCCCUGCGCGCUGCACGAGAGAAGUGGUCGGACUACAUCCUGUUUGUGGAUGCAGAUAACUUAUUGACCAACCCAGAAACCCUGAACUUGAUGAUAGCAGAAAACAAGACACUGGUGGCACCAAUGCUUGAGUCUCGCUCUCUCUACUCCAACUUCUGGUGUGGCAUUACUCCCCAGGGCUAUUACAAAAGGACCUUGGACUAUCCUCUGAUUCGGGAAUGGAAGAGGACAGGCUGUUUUGCUGUCCCGAUGAUUCAUUCCACCUUCCUUAUUGACUUGAGGAAAGAAGCCUCUUCCAAGCUGAUGUUCUACCCCCCACACCAGGACUACACCUGGAGCUUUGAUGAUAUCAUGGUCUUUGCCUUCUCCAGUCGCCAAGCAGGAGUCCAGAUGUUCAUCUGCAACCGUGAACACUACGGUUUCCUUCCCAUGCCCCUGAAAUCCCACCAGACGCUGCAAGAGGAAUCCGAGAACUUUGUGCACACGCUAAUUGAAGCUAUGAUCGAUCGUCCUCCCAUUGAACCCUCUCAGUAUGUCUCUGUUCCUCCAAAACACCCUGACAAGAUGGGAUUUGAUGAAAUUUUCAUGAUCAACCUGAAGCGCCGGAAGGACAGGCGGGAUCGGAUGCUGCGCACGCUGCAGGAGCAGGAGAUUGCAGUCAAGAUAGUGGAGGCUGUGGAUGGAAAGACGCUCAACACAAGUCAGCUCAAAGCUCUCAGCAUCGAUAUGCUCCCAGGUUACCGGGACCCAUAUUCCUCCAGGCCACUAACCAGAGGAGAGAUUGGCUGCUUCCUCAGCCACUACUACAUCUGGAAGGAGGUGGUGAACAGAGAACUGGAGAAGACGCUUGUUAUUGAGGAUGAUGUGCGCUUUGAACACCAGUUUAAAAGGAAGCUGAUGAAGCUGAUGGAUGACAUUGAACAAGCCCAGUUAGACUGGGAGCUUAUCUACAUUGGCCGGAAAAGGAUGCAGGUGCAGGAGCCUGAGAAAGCAGUUCCCAAUGUCAUGAACCUGGUGGAAGCUGAUUACUCCUACUGGACACUGGGCUAUGCCAUCUCUUUCCAAGGGGCUCAGAAACUCAUCGGAGCGGAGCCUUUCAGCAAGAUGCUGCCUGUAGAUGAAUUUCUGCCCGUCAUGUACAACAAGCACCCAGUUGCAAAGUACAUGGAGUACUACGAGUCCAGAGACUUGAAGGCCUUUUCAGCAGAACCCCUGCUUGUUUACCCCACCCACUACACAGGGCAGCCAGGCUACCUCAGUGACACAGAGACCUCUACAAUCUGGGACAACGAGACCGUGUCAACGGACUGGGACAGAACACACUCAUGGAAAUCCCGGCAGCAGGGCACGAUCCACAGUGACGCCCAGAACAAGGACGCCCUGCCCUCCCAGUCGUCCCUCAACGCCCCGGCCUCCAGGGAUGAGCUAUGACUGCCCGCUUCCCCGGGACCCUGACAGCUGAACCUGCCUCACACACUUCAGCUUUUCACCCUUGAAAGUUGUAGAGCAGCUAUUCUUGUGGUUUCCUCCCCACUUCUCCAAAGGGCAAAGCGCAGAGGUUGGACCUGACAGCUAACCAGGCCGCUUAGGACCGGGUGGGAGAUGGAGGAGGAAAAAGAAGUGUUCCAGACUGGCAGAAAGAAGGCUGAGAUCUGAACAAAAGCCCUCACAGGCUUUUGUAAAAACCCAACCAUGAACGACGUCUUUCUACAGUUCCUCGUGUAGAAUACUCUAUUUAUAAAGAUUAAUAUAUAGAGGUGUACAAAUGUUAAUACCUUUCUGGAUAGCUGUAACCGGGCUGGGUAUCUGUUUCUCCUUGUAGGUUUGUAGGCUUUUAUAACCCUGCUCACUGAGAGGAACUGCAGGCAAGCAGUUGGGUUCUUUGGGUUUGUUUUUCAAAGGGAUCCCUGUCAGAAUCAAGGUGGUUGCUAGAAAUGUUGAGUGUGCUGGAGCAGCGCUCCUCUGCCGUGCCUUCUCCCUCCUCACACUUGUAUGGAAAAGCAUUCCUGCCUUCCCCUGGCAUGUUUCAAAACUUGCCAGGUCCCAUCGAAACAGGCCUCCCCAUCCAGAGCUGAUGUUUGGCAUGCCUGAAAUCUUGGAAGCUAGCAGAGAAUGGGAAGGGGGCUGAUUUCAUUUGUCUCUGCACUGCCUGAAGGAAUACAGGCAGUGGAGUUAGUCUGUGUCGUGUCCUGCUUCACCCCCUGCCUCAAUUUAUUCCUUCAGGAAAACAAAGCCUAUUUAAUUAGGCCAGAAACCCAAGUGUGGGCCUUCUAGGAACUUUAAAUUCAAACAGGUAGGUUAUGAACUGCUUGACCCUGCCUUUACAGAAACAAAAGAACCUCAGAGCUGUGAGUGUUCUCAGCGGUGCUGUUCGUGCCUCCUCGAUAGAACUGCGGGUUCCAGGACGGAAAGGCAACUUGCCUUGAGAUCUUUUUUCACGUGAGGAGCAAACUUGUGUUUCUUGUUGUUGUUGUUAUUCACUGUGGGUGAGUUCUGAUGUACUUGCUGUUGGCUCAUGCCAGCACAGUAUGGUGUUUGGGUUUGUUGGUUUUUUGACGUUGCUCAGAAGCCGGGUGAUCGUGGCCUACAGCGUGUAGGGUCAGCUGGCACAGAGCUCAAGCAAUGGGCCGCUGUGGCAGCAGGAGGGUGCCCUCCUGGCUGAGCCAUGCAGUGCCUCAGCUGCUGGGAGGUCUGUGCAGCUCAGUGUGUGUGGCUGGCUUGGGUUGGCUGGGUAUUUUUGAAUUUGUUUGUUUUUAAUAAUUGCUGAUCAAUGUUGUGCUUUCUGCUCAAGAAGCCAUGUUAUUGCCCGUCAGCUGGUCUGAUAAUACAUAGAACCUGGUGCAAGAUGA